AUGAAUGCUAGACAAAUAGAAAAAAAAGUCAAUGCGAUAGUCGAUGAAAUUCUUAAUGAAGAUCAGGAAAACGAUUUCGAUGCGACACGAGAUAAAACUUGUCUAGGAGAUUGCGAGAAAUUAGAUGAUACGCCUAAGGAAAAGACUGAAGUCUCAAGAGACAGAAAAUUUCUUUCAUCACAAAUACUCCGGCAAUGCAAAUGCGGCGUGGAGACUUCGUUGAGAUUCUCGCUGCGCGUGAUGGAAGCAAUGCGCUUGUUGCAGCGCGACAUAGACCAGCCGUCCACGUCCAGCGCCGAGGAGAUCGCCGACUAUAUCCGGUCGCAUUAUCGCUACAAUGGUGACCUUUAUGCUCAGGUGCGGACCGCGCUGAGACAGGUCUGUUCUCAAGGAUUUGUCAUAGAAUUAUUGAACAACGAGUAUCACUUGAUCGGCCCCGUUGUUAAACCGAUAAAAUGGAAUGGCUGUUCCUUGGAUUGCAAAGGUCGCAUCAUAGAAGGUACAUCGAGAAGACGUAAAAAAAUCGAUAAUCAGAGAAAUAAUGUAUGUGAUUGCGAACGAUUUCCCAAAAGUCCUCGUCAAAAUCUAAAAUCGCCACGCGAGGAAUCUCACAGGACUAUCAUUCUCGAUUCGCAACCAAUUUUUCAUUCAACCAGAAUAUCAACUAAUGAAAGAGAUGAUGCGGAUCGUCGCAAGCAGUUUGAUGCCGAUGUUUCGGACAUCCAAGAUUAUCGACGACGUGACAAUUACGCGGAACCGAUUCCCGGACCUUCCAGAAAAGUCUUAAGGAUUCCUUCGCCAGAUUCAGCUAAAAAUGCGAAAAAAGCGCGAGUGGAAAAUCAAAGAGUGGAACGCGCAGAUGAGAAAGAAGAUGAAACUACGAUGAAAGAGAAGGAUAUGGACUGUAUUUGUAAUGCCGAAGUUGUCAUUCGAGAUGAACUUUCAAGGAUCCGAUCUCCUCGUCCUCGCGUUAUCAGGAACGGACGUCGUCGCAAUGACGCCAAGGAAGAUGAAGAAGAUAUAGAAGAAAGAAUAAAAGAUGACGAAGAGGAUGAAGACACAGAGGAUAGUAUAUACGAUGAAUUGAGGGCACGAGUUCCUCAAAGAAGAACUGCGGCACGCGAACGAGAACUGAGAAGGUGGAUCCGACAAUGUCGUAAAGAAUGCGAACGACGGGGAGAGCGAUAA